CUUAUCAACAAGCGCGCUGUACGGACAGCCCCGGCCAGGCCGGGCCAGCGUGUCGCUGCCACUGCGGGCUGCACCAGCGGCCUCUGCCAGCCUAGCCCAGCGAACUGAGGAAGCGGGAAGAGGCAGGGAGCAGCACCGUAACCCCUUUCAUUUCCACGCAGCGGAAACACCACGUCCACAGACGGCACUAUUGAGCAUGCGCAGCUCCCUCCCCCAGGCGUCGGAUGGGAGAGUUAGCUUGGGCAAGUCCAUUCUUAAAGGGAGGCAGGUGGCGAUCAGAGAGCUGUGUCUAUUGAGAACUGGAAGGCUCCUCCCGCUCGUUCCUCUUCCUGGUAGCGCCCAAAUCGGGGCGGUGGGGAGGGUUGGUCGCGGGCUGAAGGAGCUCCGCGGAACGCGUGGCCGGCCGCUGCUUGCGGCUUUUGGCGGCCACUAUGAGGCACCUGCCGUACUUCUGCCGUGGGGAGGUGGUAAAGGGCUUCGGCAGAGGCUCCAAGGAGCUGGGCAUCCCCACUGCUAACUUUUCUGAGCAAGUAGUCGAAAGCUUUCCAUCUGAUAUCUCUACUGGUAUAUACUAUGGAUGGGCAUGUGUCGGAAAUGGAGAUGUGCAUAAAAUGGUUUUGAGCAUAGGAUGGAAUCCUUUCUAUAAGAAUAUUAAGAAGUCAGUGGAAACUCACAUUAUUCACACCUUUAAAGAAGACUUCUAUGGAGAAAUUCUUAGUAUAGUCAUCACUGGAUAUAUUCGACCAGAAAAAAACUUUGAUUCCUUAGAGGCACUCAUUUCAGCAAUUCAGGAAGACAUCGAAGAAGCAAAAAGACAGCUAGAUUUACCAGAACAUCUUAAACUCAAAGAAGAUAACUUCUUUCAUCUACCAGAAGGCAAAAUAGUAAACGACCACUGAGGAAAUUCAUGCUGCUUUUUAUUCUGUUGUUGUGUUGGGGAUUUUUUUGCUAACUUUCUCUAUAUUACAGAGCUUUUAUAUUUGCACUGCUUUUUUAAGUACUUUGUUGUCAUAUAUCUGUUGAGGUUUUAUUGUGUUAAUUCAUCAUAAAACCAGUCAGAGGAAAAGAGUAGAAGGCUGGUUUGGGUCCUUACAGAUAAGUUGUGUGUCAUAAAGUUACUGUGGUUCAGAGAUCUUAGCACAUGCAGAACAUUAACAAAGUGAAUCAUGACCUCUUCUAAACCUAAGGUGUGAAUAUUUUAAGUGAAAAAUGUCUGACUUCAACAUGCAGAAUGUUAUUCCAACUGCUUUUCCCAGUUUCAUGUCAAUAUUACGUCUGGGUUUUAGCUAGUAGCUUAGGAAAGUUUACUACUGAUGUAAAAGUUUCCUUUGCAGAAAAUAAAUGAUUGGAUAACAGUAGCAAGAACAAUUCUCUCUAUUUUUUUAUUUUGUUUGUUUUUUAAUGCUGCACAGUUGUUAUGACUGAAGCUAUUGUUUUAAUUGACAUAUUUAUUUGAAAUGAAGGAAAUCACUGUGACUCAUUGAGUUACUGGAAUCUGAGAUACACUUCUUCGUAGUUGACUAUGUAUGACAGCACAGGAUGUGCAUAGUUGGCUUCUGAGGAAGUGUUUCACUGAAAUUCAGGAAAUGAGUGACUCUGAAAGUUCAUAAACGUUUAAAGACACAGUCACAAAAAGAUGCAGAAACGGUAUAGCAAGACUUUUCUCAUUGAGCAUUAAGACAAAAGAGGCAAUGAAAGGCAACUUUGCAAUUCAUGUGCUGGUGACAUUUGUUAAAGGACUUUUUGGAAAACCUUAGGGAUAUUUGCUACACUGGCAAUAAAAUGGAUGACUUCAAGAUUGAUAUUUUAAGGCAUAGGAAAAAAAUUGUCAGAUCUAUAGCGCAAGUGCAAGUAGGAGCCAAGGUUUUGACUAACCAAGUAGAUGAAUGUACAAAUGAAAAUCCUUUGGGAAUUCGUGGAAUCAAAACUACAGUGUGUAUUGGUUAAAUAUUACAAGACAUUGCAGCCAGUCCUUCUGUGAAAUAUAGGUAACUGGAGGGAGCAUUAUCAGAACUAGUUGGAAAAUACUUCUUUAUGUAAUGUAUGAUUCCAAAUUGUGCUCCUCUGAUAAAUUUUUCUAUGCCAUGCUAAGAGAAUGGAGCAAGGUAAGCUGCAUUGACUUCAACGCAUUAAUUAUCUUUUGAUGUCAGCUUGUGAUUUGGCUGGAACAUUUUCUGAAGUUCAAAAUGAAUUUGUGGAUGUGUCUCAGCUGUAGUUCUUCGAACUACUGUGAGUGAUUUUGAACGCACAAUUUCUGUAGUGCCACUUAUGAAUAUACUCCUUGUCGCAUCCUAUUUGAAUCCUGCUUUCCACUGUAGGGUUGGAGUUUUAGCAAGGCAGCUGUUGGGUCUUUAUGACAGUUGCUAUUUGAAUGUUUGUCCUGCUUCAUGUUGCUUUAACAUAAAAUGGUAUGUUAUGGGGGAAGAGGUCUUGAGCAAAUAAAGGACUAGCUCUCAUUCUGUAGGCCUUCAAGAUGAGUUGUUCAUCACUUCUGACAGCAGAGAUGGAAGCAGUACAGAAUUGGAUUGGAGGGGCAAUUAUCAGCAAUUUGAUAUACUUGCUUCUAAAAGAGAAGUAAAUAGUGAACUUCCACUAUAAAUAGUGUUAGAAGCUGUAUUUCUGAAGUAUGUAAAAUUUGUCUUAUGAAAAUUGAGGGAUAAAGGGAUAAACUUAAUUUUUUUCUAAGAUUUGAGUCUAUACUGAGAUUGUAGUAAUGUCAAAGUCUUGUAUUUUAUGUUUUUGUUAAAGAAUAAACUAAAUCCACACUAGUCAACUGAAUAUAUUUGAAGAAUAUAUUGUUGGUUUUGGUACUGUACCUAAGGACUCAUAGCCUUCCUUUAAAAUUGUUGGGUUUGCCAGUAAUUUCAUCUCUGUUAUGGGAAUCAUGGUGCCUUAAGAUGGUUGUCUGAAUAAUGCUUUCCUGUAUCUGCUAGUAGAUACUAGUAUCAAAAAUGCAUUUCACUGCUUGGUUGUAGAACCACUGUGCUAAUCUUGACUGAGAACAGUGGCAAAGAGAAAACUUGAAAAACUGUUGAUUCGCUCUUGUGUCUUAGUUGAGGUGUGAUAUGUGGAUACAUUGAUCUAAAAUUCUUUGUCUUCAAAUCAGAAAAUGUUACUACAUUCAUUUGACUGAGUUUACCUGUGUAUGUUAUUUAAGAGAAAAUGUUAUAUAGCAGCUGUUCAAGCUCAGUACAUAAUUCCUAGCACAAUAUAAAUUUUAUGAAGGGUUAUAUUUUUAUAUUAUGUACAAAUAACUAUUUAUUUUGAUUGAUGUUGCUGCACUCUACCAUUAAUAAAGGAACUGUAAUUGACAAAGUUA